AUGGCAGUCACCUACGCCGCCGCCGUCAGCACGCCCAACGGCGGACUCCGGCAGCCUCAAAUCCAAGCCCGAGCCUGUUCAGACCCAGAUCUACACGCAUCCUUUGAAGCGGCACAAACGCAGCAGCAGCAACAGCAAGAGCAGCCCAAGAAACCCCAACGACCUGGUGCAGGAAUCCGCGCAAAGACAAGUUUCCGCGGCUGGAGCACCAAGAAGGAAGGGAAAACUAGCCCAAAACAAGCUAACAAUGAGCCGUAUGUUGUGGAAGAAAGCCGACCUUCAGGACAUUAUCCUAGGCAGGAGUAUAGACCCAAUACCGCGAGCCAGGAUGAACAAGUCUAUGUUCUUACGCUGAAACUUACGGAUUCCCUGGCUAAACCCAUGGAUGAGAUGCGGAAUCGGUAUUUUCCUAAACAUCUGAAUCGCACUGGGGCGCACUUGACACUUUUCCAUGCUUUGCCGCAUUCGCAUAUGGAGGCGCUGGAACAGGGGCUUGCGCAGGUGGCCACGAGCAUGAAGCCGUUUGAUGUGUCAACUGGCAAGCCGUUUCGGAUGCGCAAGGGUGUUGGCAUCAAUGUGGAUGAGGGGUAUAAGAAGAUGAAAGAUGUGCAUGGGGAUUUGCAGUCCCAAUGGUCCGCGUUCCUUAGUGAGCAGGAUGCAGGCGGGUUUCGACCUCAUUGGACUGUCAUGAACAAAGUUGAUGAUGAGCAAAAGGUUGACGGGGCCUUUGCGACGAUCAGACAGGAGUUGAGCGAGAGUAAUCAGGAGGGGAGGGCUGUGGGAUUGGAUCUGUGGAGGUAUGAGCGUGGGAACUGGAUCUUCGCAAAGGAGUAUGUGUUUGGUGAUGCUGCUGUUAAGACACCGACGAGGGCGCAUACGUCGGGGUCGCCGGGAAAUAGAGGCUCGCACUUGUCGCCUUCUCCACAGAACCAGAGUCCUACGGAUGGGCCGGGCAAGAGACCGGGUAUGUUCAAGCGGGGAAGUAGCGUGGGUGAUGCUUUGAGGUCCAUGAGCUUUAGGAAGAGAAGCUGA